AUUGGAUUCUAAAACUGAGAUGUUUGUACUACAUGUAUGACAUCAGUAUAGGUAGUAGUAUUCAUAACUACAUGUAGGUUUUCCCAUAACGUCUGUCUUUAGGCCUAUAUUAAUAUUCAACUAUUUUCUUUUCAUGGUCAUCAUGGCAAACUGCGUAUUUUGUAACAAGAAAGUGACAGAUGGAGCAACAGUCAUACUGGAUGGUAAAGGUUGUGACGGUCGACAACGUGAUUCAUGACACUAUGACUCUUGACUAGGCUCUGGGACAUUCCACUGCAUUGGUAUUAUAGCAUCUGUAACACCCAAAUGUGUUGGCACCUCAGUGGUAAAACGUGUGUCUGUGACUGCAGGAGAGAUCGCUGCAGCAGGAUACGUCAGCAUUAAGAAAUUCAUAUCACUUGGUGAUGAACUUGCUAAUAUCAAGUGUGAAGCUACCAGAGGAACCCAAACGCAGGGAAAGUCUAAAUGUAGAUCUCCUGUGGAAAACGUCCCUGUCUAUCCGGUUAUCAAGACCAGCAUGGUAUGGAUACAUGCAAAUAAUAAACAACGGAGACUACCCAGGACAGUCAUCCACCAUGUUCCUUCCCAUGGUUGAUAUGAACCCAAAUGACAUGAUAUGUGACAACUCAACUUCACACUUCGUUGCAGAGCAUGCCAAGCUCUAUGGAGCAACACCAGUUCUCAUUUUUGACCACCCUUUGUGGUUCAAGGAAACUACAGUUGUGGAAAGUCCUGAAGAGAACAGUGAUCUACAUCCAAUUGUUUUAAGACUUGGGGUAUUUCACACACUAAUAAGCUUUCUAAGUAGCACUGGGUACUUGAUGAGAGGAACAGGCCUUCAAGAAAUCUUGGAGGUGAUCUUCGCUGGGAACACUGUUACCCAUAUAUUAACUGAAACCGCAGCUGCUCGUGCCAUUGGUGGUCAUCUCCUUGUAGGUUCCAUCCUUCCACACUUCUCUUGGGGAUCAAGUUUGCUUUAUCUAAUGACAAUGGAUUUGGGGACAAUAGGGAACCUCUAUGAUGAUCUCUUCUCUGGUGAAAUCACGCUCAAUGAUGUAGAAUCAUCUUUGUACCUGCAGAAUCUUCAAAAGAAACUUGAGACACACAAGGACAUGUUGGAAUCGAGCUACUGUAUUGCACGUCUGUGGCUGCUAUACAUGGGGACAAUAGACAUCAUGAGAUCAUUCACCCAAUCGCAACCAUGAUUCCGUACUUAGCUAUCUCCGGCCAUAAAAUGUACGCGAAGUCAUUGCACCUCUAUCUGCAGAAGAUAACAAAACUAGA